GCGCGUAGAGAUCGGAGCGUGCUUGUCUUUGGGGAUAUAUGGACACACAUACAACGAACUGAAGCUGUACGCGAAGUUGUCAGUGACUUUAACGUUUCCUUAACGCUGCUUAGACCAAGAUUAAACGGGAUUUUAUAACAUUUUUACCAGAUGAAAACUAUAAAAUAAAGGAAGCACACCGCGCUCAGGUGUUCAUUGUAGGACUAUACCUGCUGGGACAUAUAGAGAGAAACUUUCAUUGGAUUCCCUGUUGGAUCUUUUGGGCAGUGACAUCUCUUAAACGUGUCGGACCCGACUGGAUGCAUCAUGAAGCUGGAGAGUCCUUGGAAAGUCCAGAUUCUCCUGGCUCUAUCUGUCCUGACUUUGGGUUUGGACAAUGACACCCAGAACGCCCCUCGAGUCUACUUGUCCUUCAAAGAUCUGAAGUCUACAGAUACAGCCCAUCAUUUCUCCUUUCUGUUGAACACAUCGGACUAUCGCAUCUUACGCAUGGAUGAAGACCACGACCGCAUGUAUGUGGGCAGCAAAGACUACAUUCUGUCCCUUGACCUCCACGACAUCAACCGAGAGCCCCUCAUAAUACACUGGCCUGUUUCACAACAGAGGAAGACUGAGUGUGUUUUAAGUGGCAAAGACACAAAUGGCGAGUGCGGUAAUUUCGUCCGUCUGAUCGAGCCGUGGAACAGGACGCACCUGUAUGUGUGCGGGACGGGCGCUUACAACCCUGUGUGCACCUAUGUGAACCGAGGACGCAAACCCAUGACGGCCAUGCAUCUCCAGAUGCCCCAGACCAAAGGAAGGGCAAGUCGUGCAGCUGAACCAGAAAUAGUGUUUGAUGAUACAGGAUUACAGGAAACAGUAUUCCAAUUGGAGCCAGGAAAAGAGGAUUCUGGGAAGGGAAAGUGUCCAUAUGACCCAAAGUUAAACAGCGUCUCUACGUUGAUCAAUGGAGAGCUGUAUGCAGGGGUCUACAUUGACUUUAUGGGCACUGACUCCGCUAUUUUCCGAACCUUGGGGAAAAAUGCCAUCAUGCGGACCGAUCAGUACAACUCUAGAUGGCUGAAUGAUCCAUCCUUCGUACACGUGCACCUCAUCCCCGACAGCAACGAGAAAAACGAUGACAAACUUUACUUUUUCUUCCGUGAGAAGUCUUCCGAGAUGGGCCAGAGUCCCAAAACCCAGUCCCGUAUUGGCCGAAUCUGCCUGAACGAUGACGGCGGUCACUGCUGUUUGGUCAACAAGUGGAGCACUUUCCUGAAAGCUCGGCUUAUCUGCUCCGUCCCAGGGGCUGAUGGGAUUGAAACGCAUUUCGACGAGCUCCGGGAUGUGUACAUACAGCCCACUCAGGACACGAAAAAUCCGGUGAUCUAUGGGGUCUUCUCUGUUUCUGGCUCUGUAUUCAAAGGCUCAGCCGUCUGCGUGUACUCCAUGGCGGACAUUCGGAUGGUGUUCAACGGACCGUUUGCACACAAAGAAGGGCCCAAUUAUCAAUGGGUGGCCUACAGUGGCAAAAUCCCAUACCCUCGUCCAGGAACAUGUCCUGGUGGGACCUUCACUCCCAACAUGAAGUCCACAAAAGACUACCCGGACGAGGUCAUCAACUUCAUGAGGAACCAUCCCACCAUGUACAACGCUGUGUAUCCAGUGCACAAGCGCCCCCUGGUGGUCAGGACCAAUGUGGACUACGAGUUCACCACCAUCACUGUGGACCAGGUGACUGCGGCUGAUGGAAACUAUGAGGUGCUCUUUUUGGGAACAGAUAAAGGUACAGUGCAAAAAGUCAUUGUCCUGCCUAGAGAUGACCUGCAGACAGAAGAACUGGUUCUGGAAGAAGUUGAGGUCUUUAAGGUACCUGCUCCUGUCACAACUAUGAAGUUAUCUUCAAAACGGCAACAACUGUAUGUGGCAUCUGAGGUGGGCGUGACUCACCUGGCCCUGCACAGGUGUGACGUCUAUGGCGAGGCGUGUGCAGACUGCUGUCUGGCCCGGGACCCUUACUGUGCCUGGGACGGAUCCUCCUGCUCUCGAUAUUCGGCCUCACAGAAAAGACGCAGUCGACGGCAGGACGUGAAGUAUGGGAACCCCAUACGGCAAUGCAGAGGAUACAAUUCCAACACUAAUAAAAACACACUGGAGUCGGUGCAGUACGGGGUGGAGGGCAGCAGCACAUUUCUGGAGUGCCAGGCCAAAUCUCCUCACGCUGCUGUCAAAUGGCAUCUUCACAGAGACAACAGUGACCGGAGACGAGAGGUUCGCAGCGAUGGCCGUGUGUUGAAGACGGACCAGGGCUUACUGCUCCGAUCUCUACAUGCUUUAGAUACUGGAAUCUACGUCUGCACAGCCACAGAGAAAAACUUCAAGCACACGUUGGUCAAACUUCAGCUGUUGGUUUUGAACAACCAGGCCGUCAAUAACAUCCUGGUGGAAACGGGCCGCCCGGCAGCUUCCUCGCUUCAGUCCAGCGCCUGGACACCCAGCGCCGGACAAUACAAAGACCUUCUCACCAUCCUUAGCCAGCCCGAGAUGGGCCUCAUAAACCAGUACUGCCAGGACUAUUGGCAGUACGGAGACCCGCUGAUGGGAGGCAUCAAGUCCAAAGACCUGAAAGAGCUCAAGGAACAGAAGAAACCACGGAAUCGCAGACAUCACGGGGAUGAGGAGGAAACAUGAGGGGUGGUGGUCCAAAACACAAAAAGACUAUAAAGUUUUAAAAGAGAAAAACCUGGAAUCUAAAACUUCCAUCGAAUGAACUUUGCAAAUCCAAAUGGAAUUCCCUUUUAAUGCAUAAAGAUGAUAUCAUACACAGUAUUUAUUGUAGGUUGUAUAUAGUACCAUUCUGUGGAUUUCUUUGUACUUAAAUAGAAAAAAUGCUCUUUGUGUAUACCGUAAGUACGUAAUGGGCAAAUAUUAUUGUAAUAUUUUUGUCAAGCCAAUUUUUUUUCAUCUUCCGGGCAUUGAUGACUGUUGUGUACAUUGACAUAACUCCAUUGACUAUGAACUGAGUCGGACUUAAAUGGUUGAGAUGGGAAAGGGAAGAGCGACCGGGCACCUUGCCCGUUGGACUCUACACAGGAAAAGACAUUUGGAAAGGCGGGGACGUCAUGAUGCUUCUCACCACUAGUCCCACCCCCAAGUGCAUUCUGGUCCCUUACUGGUUACAAUGAUACACCGGCUCAUAUCGUCUUCCAUGAUGUCACUGUAUGCACACAUUUGUUUUCAUUGCACAAAUGUUAAAAUGUGUCAUGAACGGACACUAACAAGUUUAGUCAGAUGUGUAGAAGCGCUGCUGAGGGUUUUAGUAGUAGCAUUUUUAUUUGUAUUUUUUAUUUUGGAAAAGACUAAAAGCACAAAUCGACCCACACGGACAAGUAUCUGUGUAAAUCUGUGUGAAGUUGCAUUUCACCCCAAAAUUAAAACUAUAGUUAGGUUGUUUUACCAUGUACCAAUUUUAAGCAAAUUUUAUUUAUUCAUCUGGGCAUUUUAUUUUUUUCUGAUUCACAUUCUUAAAGAUGAUUCCCUCAUACAGUAUUUUUUUUUAAAGUAAACAUUGUAUUUUUGUCAUAAAUUAAAAGCAUUAUUUCCUCUAAAUUUGAGGUGAAAUGUCAUAAACAUGUUCUCCAAAUAUGACACGCUUCACAUUUUCAAAUGUGUACACACUGUACUGUAUAAAAACAUUUGAUCCGAGUUUUUAAACUACUCAUGGUUUCGGGAAGCUGGCUUCAUUGUGUGCAUGAUUAUGUAGUGGUACAUUGUGUAUUGGGUGAAAUUAAAGAUAGCUAUGUUGCAGAUCUUUCUGUUCUUAUAUUUUAUUGUAAGGUCAGUGUUUGGCCACACAGUGCAAGUACUCGCAGUAAAACGACAACGAUGAUGAGGUUACGUUCCUUGUGAAAUACCAUACGUUCUUUCUCCAGUUAAAGCAGUGUCUUACGUUGAGAGAAAAUGGUUGUACAAUUUCUAGGUAUUUUUAAGAUGUGUCUUUAGAAAUGUUUGUGUUUUUAUUUUGUCAUCCGUUUGAGACUUAAAGCACAGGUGAUGUUACGGUGAUUAUUGUGUAAAUGAUUUUCUUUCCCCUCUUGCUGUUGCUAACUAAUAAAUUAAAGCUCUAUAUUUUAUAGUAA